CUCUCCAGAUUACGCUUCCAGCAAAUGGUGUCUUCGCGAGCUCGCCCGGAUGAUCGAGUGCAAGAGAAGUGAAGGGCACAUCGUCUUGCCCAUCUUCUACAAAGUCGAGCCCGGGCAUGUGCGACACCAGACGGGGAGUUUCGGGAAGGCCUUUCAUAAAAUUAAGAAGCAUUAUAAGGCAGAUGUGGUCCAACGAUGGGAGCGAGCUCUCCAAGAAGUAGGAAGCUUAAAGGGAUGGGAAUCAGAGAGAAUUGCUAACGGACAUGAAGCUGAGUUGGUAAAGAUAAUUGUCAGGAAGGUUUUGGGCGAGUUAAAGGAAGCUUUUCAUUUAGACGUCACGGAGAACUUGGUCGGGAUUAGUAAUCAUGUAGAGGAGAUUAUGAGAAUGUUAAAAACUGAUGACACUGAUACUCGAUUUGUUGGAAUCCACGGAAUGGGCGGUGUUGGUAAGACGACUCUGGCCAAGUUCAUCUACAAUAAACUCUCCAAUCAGUUCGAUCACUGUAGCUUCUUGGCAGAUGUGCGAGAAACAGCAAAAGACAGGGGUGCCCACCAUUUGCAGAACCAACUAAUCUCCAAUAUUCUAAAAGGAAAACACAAUGACAUCUCCAAUGUCGAUGAAGGACUUAGAAUCAUCAAAACUAGAUUUAAGCAUAAGAAAGUCCUCAUCCUUCUUGAUGAUGUGGAUGAUGUUUCUCAGUUGAACUGUUUGGCUGGAAAACGUGACUGGUUUGGUUCCGGAAGUAAGAUCAUUAUUACGGCAAGAAAAGUGAGUUUUCUUGAUGAGGCUCGGGUGGAUAACUCGUAUGCACUCAAUGGAUUGGAUCCUGACAACUCUUUGCUUCUUUUUAGUAGACAUGCAUUCAGAAGGGACUUCCCUUUGCCUGAAUUUGGGGAUCUCUCUCGUGAAAUUGUGUCCACUACAGGAGGGCUUCCUUUAGCACUUGAGGUUAUAGGAUCAUUCUUGUGCGGAAAACGCCUAGCAGUAUGGAAAGAUACAUUAAAGAAGUUACGGCAAAUACCAGAUAAGGAAGUGCAAGAGAAGUUAAGGGGAUGGGUAUUGAAGCAUUGAGCGUGAUGUCCUUGAUAAAAGUGGGAAAUGACCAUAGGCUGUUAAUGCAUGACCAACUGAGAGAUCUAGGUAGGGAAAUUGUCCGGCAGGAAAACUACGAGGAGCCCUGGAAACGUAGUCGUGUAUGGAUUCACAAGGAAGCCUUACAUGUUCUUGAGAAAAACAAGGGAACUAGAAAGAUAAAAGCCCUCCGUCUUAAUAAAAGUGGCUUAGGCAGGGUGUACAGCAAUGUACUGUUUGAAAAGCUACCGAACUUAAGGUUCCUUGAGAUGAAUAAUUUCAUCCUCUCUGGAGAUUUUGAGUAUGUUCUUUCUGAACUACGAUGGCUUUAUUGGAAAAAUUGUCCAUCAAAUUUAGUAGCAACCAACUUUCACGUGAAGAAAUUAGUCAUACUUGACUUAUCAAGGAGCAAAGUCACAGAGCAUUGGGAAGGAUGGAAACUUAUGGAUGUGGCAAGUAAUCUGAAAGUUCUCAACAUUGCUAAUUGCCGUGACUUGAAAACAUCUCCUGAUCUCACAGCUUUUCAAAAUCUGGAGAUUUUAAUUCUUGGAAAAUGUGAAAAUCUAACAAAAUUGCACCCUUCUAUUGGAAGCAUCAGCACCCUGAUUUCCUUGGAUGUGAGAGACUGUUUCAGACUGAAGGAACUUCCAAUAGAAGUGGGGCAGCUACAAGAAUUAGAGGAGCUUUUUAUGGAUAGAACUCGGAUGGAAGAAAUUCCCAUAUCUAAAGGUUCAAUGAAGAAGCUCAGGACUCUUAGUGCCCAGUAUUGUGAAUCAUUGGCUCGAAUACCCAGCUUGUUAAGCCAUCUAGCCUCUCUGUCAACCCUUGAUUUUACAGGAUGCAAAAAGCUUGCCGAACUUCCAGAUGCCCUAGGGUUCCUUCAGAAACUGCAGCACUUAUCAUUAAAAGAAUGUAGCUCUUUGAGAGGGAUCCCCAACUCAAUUGGCAAGUUGGAAUGUUUAACUGAGCUGGACAUAUCGUACACAGGAUUUACAGAGUUACCUGAAUCCAUUGGAGACUUGAGUAAUUUAGAAGUUCUGCAAAUGGCGCUGUCACAUGUAACAAGGUUACCUAGUGUUAUUGGGAUGUUGGGGAAACUCACCACAUUAGAUGCCACAAAUUGCAACAUCCUGGCAGAAGUUUGUAGUAAUAUUGGUGAAUUGUCUUCAUUGAAGGCCCUCCGAUUGUUGGGAACAGGCAUUUGUGGCUUGCCAGAAAGCAUUUGUAAGCUUUCUUGUCUCCAAGACCUCAACUUACAAGGGUGCAAGAAGCUCCAAUUGCUGCCAAACCUACCCUCUGGCUUGAGAACUCUAGGUCUCACUUGUCAGAGUCUUACAUUGCCAAUCCUUUCCAACCUGACAAAUCUAAAGGAACUCUCUGUCCUAGAAUGCUCUGCACUUGAAUGCCUCCCAGAGCUUCCCUCCAAACUGUCAAAGCUUUCCUUUAUAGGAUGCCAAAUGUUGAGAAAGUUGCCAGAUUUGUCAAACUUGAAGCGUCUUUCAGAAUUGAGUUUGCAGGUUUGCUCUGAACUGAGAGAAGUCAAAGGUCUGGAAGGAUUAGUAUCGCUAACAAUGUUGGAUGUGUUGAACUGCCCAAAGUUAUCUAGGCUUGAUAGGGUAGAAUGUUUGAUGUGUCUGAGGUACCUAAGCAUCGGACCGUCAGAAGCGUUAGAGAGGUUGAUGGAUCGUUCGGAACUGAGUAAUUUGAAGGUGCUUCCAAGUUGCGAGAAUCAAGCUGGAUUUCAAGUUCUUAAUAGCUUCAUUUGCUUGGAAGUUUUAGAUCUCACUGACUGCAUGUCUUUGGAAAGACUGGACCUUUCAACUUUGAAGCUUUUAAGGAAAGCAAGUGUUAGGAAAUGCAAGAAUCUAGUCGAAAUUAGAGGCCUUGACAGCUUGGAAUACUUGGAAAGGUUGGAUAUCUCUGAGUGCACAUCCAUUAAGAGACUGGAUAUUGCAAAAUUGAAGUAUCUGAGAUAUUUAUAGGCUUCCAAAUGUAAGAAUUUAUGUGACGUCCAAGGCCUUGAUGUCUUGGAGUACUUGGAACGGUUGGACAUCUCUGGGUGCACAUCGAUUGAAACAUUACCAGACCUUUCUUGCUUCAAGACACUGAGGUUUCUCAACAUCAACCACUGCAAAAAACUAUGUGAUAUUCAGACCCUGGAGAAAUUCUCAUCCUGCCAAGGGUUCUAUAUUGAUGGAUGCAAGUCCCUAGAGAAACUACCAAACCUAUCAAAAUUUGAAGGUUUGAUAGAGUUGAUAGUGAAAGAUUGUCAUGAACUUCUGGAUAUUUCAGAGCUCAGUGAGUUGAGAUCACUAGAAUUUAUAAAUAUGUCAAGAUGCAAGUCCAUUGAGCAUCUACCAGAUUUGUCAAUGUGCAAGAACUUGAAAUGUUUGGUUGUAAGAGACUGCGAGAAACUUAUGGAGCUUACAGGGCUUGGAGACUUGCACUCACUGUGGCAAGUGGAUAUUUCUGGAUGCAAGUCACUGAAAAAAUACCGGAAUUACCUGGAGCACACAUCAUGCAGAAUUAUGGAGAACCUAUGUUUCAUCCCUUGUAUGGGACUAUCACUUUCAGCUGAUAUGCUGCACAUAGUUCUACUGCCAUGUCAAAGUUGAGAGAGUAAAAAGAAGGAUUCAUGCAGUUUAUAGAGGCUCUAUCUAUAAUUUGUUUGGGAUUGACUACAUAUUGCAGCUUUCUGUGGAAGGACUUGGACAUUAUUAAAUUUUGGAACGCUUCUCCAGCCGGGACCUUGGAAAUUCCUCCGAGUUUAUAGGAGAGAUGAAUCUCAAAGUAUUAAUAUUCCUGGCUAUAUUGGAGUGCAACAAGCAAAGCUUCAUUUGAUUUUCACCAAGGAACCAGCGUUUUCUCCUAAAUUUCAAGCAACCAGGAGACUCCAAGAACAUAUGGAAAGCUAGCUGCCUUGUCGAAGGACAUUUUCCGACAUAGCCACUGGUAUUGUGUACCAGCUACUGGAAACCAUAUAUGGCAAGAAAAUAUCCUUCUAAGACACUAGAUGCUAUCAACUUGCGAUUCUCCAAUUGCUGACUUGCAAUUGGCAAAAGUGGCUCCAACCAUUCUGGAUUGAAAAAGAAGCAAUUAGAGUGGAACUGAAUAUUUUGCAUCCUCUGAUAUGCGAAGAAGCAUGAGAAGUUCACUACAUAUCUGCAGAAACUUUUGAGAGAUGAUCAUUUCUGUCUGAAUGGACCAUUCCAAAUCUUGCAUUGACUCGAGGGGAAGACAAACAACUCAGGGAUGUUAUAAACUGCUUCUGAGGCUAUAGAUUACUAUUAACUCUAA